GGACAAAAAUGGAGCACGACAAGAUGCUGAAGCCAACCGUCUCGUACCAUUUGUUCCUGUACCGCGUGGAGCUGGCCAGACGGAAUGCACGCCAGCUGCGCCUGUCCCGCACCAAGAUCGAGAUCACGGACGAGCUCAUCUCGCGAACGGUGCGCAACCUCAAGAGCUGCAGCAUGGACGAUCUCAAAGCGGUCAACCGGGAGCUGCUCUUCAAGCGCAAGCUGCGGCACAAUGUUUCAAAGCUGCGCAAGCAAGCCAAGAAGCUGAAGUCAUGA